CGCAACCACCUAUUCCAACCUGCACCAUGGCAAAUGUGUUCAGCCUCAAGGGCCAGGCUCUCAAACUCGACACCGCCGCCGACCUCCAAAAACACGUCGGCCCUCUCGAGUCCAACGCCGACAUUGCAGAAGUCCACCUUGAAGGCAACACCAUCGGCGUAGAAGCCUCGCAAGCCCUCGCCAAAAUCCUCGCAACCAAGAAGAACCUCCGGAUCGCCAAUCUCGCCGAUCUCUUCACUGGACGCCUCCUCUCCGAAAUCCCCGCCGCCCUCGAUGCCCUCCUUACCGCCCUUCUUCAGUGCCCGAACCUCCACACCGUCAACCUGAACGACAAUGCUUUCGGUCUGAAUACCGUUGAGCCUCUCCGACCUUUCCUCAGCAAACACACCCCUCUCCAGCAUCUCUACCUCAACAACAAUGGUCUCGGCCCUGCAGCUGGCACACUCGUGGCACAAGCUCUGGAGCAACUAGCAGAAUACAAAGCCGCAGCGAGGAAAGAAGGCAAAGAGGUGCCCGAUCUCGAGACAGUGAUAUGCGGACGGAAUCGCCUAGAAACGGGCAGUAUGGCAGCGUGGGUGAAAGCCUACACGGCGAACAACAAGGUCAAGACGGUGAAGAUGGUGCAGAAUGGAAUUCGACAAGAAGGAAUCGCAACGCUGCUGCAGCAUGGACUUUCCAACUGCGCCGUACUCGAGACCCUGGAUCUGCAAGACAACACAUUCACAUCCCUCGCGGCUAAGACGCUCUCCACUGUGGUUCCCUCGUGGGCAGAGUUGAAAGAGCUGGCAGUCGGCGACUGCCUCCUCUCAGCACGGGGAGGACGCAUGCUCGGCGAAGCACUGGCAAAAGCAGGGAACAAGAAGCUGGAGAUUCUGCGAUUGCAGUACAACGAAAUCGACACGAAGGGUCUCAAAGCCAUCUCGGACGCUGCGAAUGCCGAGUCUGCGCUGCCGCGACUGCGGCGGGUGGAGCUGAACGGGAACAAAUUCGCAGAGGAGGAUGCGAGUAUCGAGGCGUUGCAAAAGGUGCUGGAGAAGAGGAAAGACGAGCAGGCGGAGGAGUAUCCUGGUGUGGAUGAGGACGAUGAGGAUGCAUGGGGGAUAGAUGAGCUGGACGAGUUGGACGACGACGAUGAUGACGAAGAUGAGGAGGAUGGCGAGGCUGACGAGUUGGAAGCUGAGGAGGAGCAGAUCGUGAAGGAUGCGGAUGAGGCCGUGGCCGAGCCUGUGUCGGCGAAGACGGACAAGGAUGUCGAUGAGCUGGCGGAUGUGCUGGGCAAGACGGAGAUCAAAUGA